CUUUUUACGUAUAUCUCUUUCAGAUUAUGUUGAAUAUUAAUUUGAAUAUCCUCUACAGUUCGCCUUCGACGGUCUUGGAGCAAAUAAGCUGGCGCGAUCGAGUUGCGCGGGAAUUACGCAUGCGCAUUUUCCUCGUUCGACUCGCUCCGCUUAGUUCGGAGCAGCGGCAGUAGUCGCUCGCGGUCGUCCGUCACGAGUUACGAGCGUGUGAGCAAAAAGGAUGAUGUCGCAGUUACUGGACGCGCUCGAGGUUCGACGAGGACGCCAGCGUCUUCCGUAGGCCAACGCCACGCGACGCGAGACGGCUGCCGUAGCGUCGUCGCGACGCCACGCGUCCGUACCGCUCUUGUGUGCCGAAGACGCGCCUCCUCCGCACAUCUCAUCGCCGCGAGAAACGGUGGUGGCGUUGAUCGCACCUCGCGUUUCCUCGCCUCGUUAAGCCCGAUGCACUCCUUCUCGGGAGACCAUGGCAUCGGUGAAGGUGGCCGUGAGGGUUCGACCCUUCAACAAGAGAGAGGUAGCGAUGAACGAGAAAUUAAUCGUGCAGAUGAAUGGCAAGAGGACGCGGAUCUUCAACACCAAGACACCGGAUAGCUGCAGAGAUAUCGACCGGGGGAAGUACAAAGACUUCACGUUCGAUCACUCCUACUGGUCCUUCGAUUCGAACGACGAAAAUUAUGCGUCCCAGGAAGAGGUUUUCUACGAUCUUGGUACGGACGUAAUAGAAAGUGCCUUCGAGGGCUACAAUGCCUGCGUUUUUGCCUAUGGCCAAACAGGAUCUGGGAAGACCUUUACAAUGAUGGGCACGCCGGAAGCUCAGGGUUUGAUACCACGUAUUUGCAAGACGCUUUUCGCUAGAAUGGCAGCCGGAAAGGAGAGCGGAGCGUCGUACAGAACGGAAGUAUCUUUCCUGGAAAUCUAUAAUGAAAGAGUAAGAGACCUGCUCAGACUGGACCAAAGCCAAUCCCAUUCGCUGAGGGUACGAGAGCACCCCACGGGAGGGCCUUAUGUUCAAGAUCUGUCUUGUCAUCUCGUCUAUGAUUAUUCGGACAUUCAGGAAUGUAUGGUGAGAGGUAAUACGCACAGAACUACAGCUAGCACAAAGAUGAACGACGUGAGUAGCAGGAGUCACGCGAUUUUUACAAUAACCUUCGUACAAGCCGGUCUCUCGGAAGGCAACAUGCCGUCAGAGACUGUUUCCAAGGUGCAUCUUGUCGAUCUGGCUGGAAGUGAACGUGCGAACGCGACUGGAGCGACGGGUCAACGAUUAAAGGAAGGUGCGCACAUCAACAAAUCAUUGGUGACUCUAGGCACUGUGAUAUCCACGCUCUCCGAGCUCAGUUCUGCCAGCGGUGAUACCUCUGCCACAAAACGAAAUACGUUUAUUCCUUAUCGCGACAGCGUGCUCACAUGGCUGUUGAAGGAUUCUCUAGGCGGUAAUUCCAAAACCAUCAUGAUAGCGACUAUCAGUCCGGCGGAAUGCAACUACAACGACACUCUCAGCACUCUUAGAUAUGCCAAUCGCGCGAAAAAUAUUAUUAACAAGCCGACUAUUAAUGAAGAUGCGAAUGUCAAACUCAUUAGAGAACUCAGAGCAGAGAUAGAAAAGCUGAAAUCUCUCAUCGAUAAAAAUAUGAGCGUGGAAAAGCCGCCGCAAGUGUUAUUGGCUCAAAUCCAAGAGAAGCAAGAGCAAGAAAAGGUAUUGACCGAGGAAUGGACUGAAAAGUGGCGAGAGACGCAACAGAUUUUGCAAGAACAAAAGGCGUUGGGUCUACGGAAGAGCGGAGUCGGUGUAGUUCUUGACUCGGAAAUGCCGCAUCUAGUUGGUAUUGACGACGAUCUACUUAGUACCGGUGUUACAUUAUAUCACUUAAAAGAGGGAAAAACGUUAGUCGGCACGGACGAAGCUUCCGUUGUUCAGGAUAUUGUAUUGACUGGUGUGGACGUAGAACCGGAACACUGCGUGGUCGAGCUAGAUAGUGGCGUGGCAACAUUACAUCCACUAUCACCUCAUUGCUGGAUCAAUACUGCUCAAGUAGACAAACCAACAAGAUUGUCCCAAGGUUGUAUCAUUCUCUUGGGUAGAAAUAACAUGUUUCGAUACAAUGAUCCGGCUGAGGCAGCAAAACUCCGAAAGGAAGGCGGCUCGGGCAAUGGCAAUCUACAAUCAACGGUCGUCAAUUUAUCGAGAUUGUCGUUAUUGAGUUGGAGCGUCUCCGAUCUGCACGCAUCCUGUUCUAGCGACAAUCUUCUGAACUCGAGCGAAGAUCUCAGGGCGGUCGAGGAAUUGGAACAGCAGAAGGCCGCGCUUCUAAAGGAAAAGGAAGACUUCAAGAGAGAACAAGAAGAACGCGAGGAAAGAUGGAUCGCUAGAAGGGAAGCGCUGGAGGGAGCUCAACGUGAGUUGGAGCGCGAAUGGGGAGCACAGUGGAAAGAAUGGGCGGACGCAAUCGCGGUCUUAGAGUCGCGUCAACGAGAGCUGCGUGCGCGCCGACAUCUCCUGGAACAAGAACGGCGGGACGAAAUGACGCAAGUAGAAAAUAUAUGUAGGGAAGUCGCCUAUCUGCGCACAUUAUUGCAGUCCAAGCAUCGACAAUUGCAAGAGCUCGUCAACAGUCAGGAACGCGCGCAAACUUAUCAGCAUCGAUGGGAAAAGACGGAUAAUGGUCUCGCUAGCGACGACAGUCUGCCCGAAUCUUGGUCCAGUCUCAAUGACGAAAGGUGCAUCGACAGUGUCAAGCAAUUGAUGAAUCAUCACAAAAAAUAUCAUUUUAAACAGAAGAAAGAACUAGCCGCUUUGGAGAACGAAUUGCAGAACAAAGUCAAAUCUCUGAACGAACAUCAAAAUAAGGUGGAUAAGAUGGAGAAGGAACUGAUGGAAAUCGCGAAGAGGCAAAAGCAAAUAUUCAAAACGGAACUGAGCGGUGAAGGAGUAACGGAGAAGAAAAUGUUGUUGGCCAAGCGGACUCAAGAACAGCUUGAAGAUAUCGUACGGCGUAAACAGAGUCUAUCGUUAGACUUGAAACGCGUUACGCCCGCAUUUUUGGACGACGAUUGUUCGUCAAACGACUGCGAUGAGACGGCUUUUAGUUGUAAAUCCUUCCAGGAAGCAAACAACAGGAAACAUCAGAUUGUUGCGGACUUGAAUUUGUUGCCGCAGAGUAUACCGAGCUCCGACACCGCGGAAACAUUCCACACAGCAGCUGCCGACUCCCCGGAACUUCGCAUAGCUUUCGAGGAUGCCGACACAACGUGUCUGAGUGAUCAGAAAAAUAAAUCCGCGAACGAGGAACGAGAUGACCACUUAACGCACGACGACAGCUCAUCCACAGUGGACAGUAAAAACACAACGAACGCGAACAGAGCUACUUCCACGGAACUGACGAGCGACGAGGAAGGGAAGGUACAGGCGCCCGUGGUAUCCACCAUCCCGGAAAACAUGCUCCAGGAUACGCUGGAGUCGCCGGUACAGAAGAAUCCGGCGAUGAGAAGAUUGAACCAAAGAAUCGCACGUCAACGGAUGAUGGUGAUGAGAUGCCUAGAUGCCGGUACACCGUCGAAGGAAGAUCUCAAUCGGCAGAUAAUGAUACUUCAGGAUCUACAGAGACAGCAGAUCGAGUUGGAAGUGUCGCUGCUAGAGGACGAACGGAAAAGUCACUCCGCCAGGCAAUCCCAGUGUGACAGCGACGGCGAUAGACUCAUCACCAAUGAGGCCGAGAACUAUGUACAGAAUGAAAAUGCUUACUGUAGUGUUGUAGAACCUACGAAUAAUAGUUCCGCCAUUCUAUUAACGGUAGCGCAAACCAGAUCUCAACUUUUCAGGAAUAACAGGCCUAAUACUAACGAUCAAGAGACUUUGUUGGAAUCAUUAGCGUCUAAAAGAUCCUCCGGCCGUGGUUACUCGACAGUUUAUUUGACGAGCCAGAAUCGCGGCGAUCGCUUGAGUAGUCCGUAUUCUUUAACGAUCACAAGGUCCCUGCCGUCGUUAAUAGCGAAUGAUAACGAGUGCGUGAUUAAUAUGAUCGUCAGUGUGCCGUCAUACGUGAUACGUGGAGCCGGUGCGUCUAGCCAUUACGAGUAUGAAGUAAGAGUUGUGGCGCAGGACGACAGUUGGACGCUGCUACGUAGAUACAGAAGAUUCCGAGAGUUAUAUAUAUCAAUGCGACAGAAAUACGGUAGCAAGGUCGCAGCAAUAUGCUUUCCCCCACGUCAAGUAUUUCCGAAGUACGAAGUCGUAGCGAGGCGACGCCAGAAACGCCUCGAGGAAUACCUUCGCCGAUUAAUUCAAGUCUGCUCGGAACUGCCGCAUUGCGAGCCACUAUACAAACACAAAGGCAACCUUAGCAAUAUAGACAAACAAUCCUUGCUAGAAUUCAGCCCGUUCUUCAGACGUGGUAUGUUUGAGAGUAGCAAAUAUGGAACUAGCUAAGGUACUAUCGUGUAAUUCUCAUCUUUUCGAAUGAAAAAUGAAUGAGAGAAUUGAAUAAGUAAGUUAAUAUGACAGAUCUUUAUAAUUCAUUGCAUUUUUUUAUUUUCCAUUCUAUUUAUAAAAGUGCAAUAACUAUAGCAAGAGAUAUUAAAUGAAUUGAUAGCAGACAAUUUUAUACAGAAUGAGUCUCAUAACAUUUGUGAGUCGCGCACAAUAUAUUCCUUAAAUUACAUAUCGAUUGUACGAAAAAA